GCCUGCCCGGGGUCUGAUGCUGUCCCCGCCCCCAGCUCCUGCAGAAAGUGCUCGGAGAGGCUACAGCGCACACAGUCCAGCUAAGUAGGAGGCCUACUCUGCUCUCCAACGGCAGGCUCCAUCCAACUUUGAAGCGCUUUGCCUGCCACUCCGUGCAGGUCCUAGGGAAGCGCAGAGGCCCAGGCUCGAAUCUCACUGCAGUCGGCGCCCUGGUCGCCCUGGACACGCUGUGUCGGGUCCUUCCCGAAGGACUGUGUGCGGUGGCUUGUGGAGCCGGGGCAGGAGGACGGUCGGCUAGGCUCCUUGGACUCUGCUUUCGAAGGGGAACUCCACACUGGAGAGCCCAAAGGAGUGGAAGAGCCUGUCUUGGAGAUUUUCCCAGGGAGAUCCUGAGGUCAUUCAUUAUGAAGCAUACGGUACGGGAGUGGCUCAGAGCGACCACAGUGCUGCUAUUCAUGGCUACAGCCAUUCCAGCCAUGGUAGUUCCUAAUGCCACUUUAUUGGAAAAACUUUUGGAAAAGUACAUGGACGAGGAUGGCGAGUGGUGGACCGCCAAGCAAAGAGGGAAAAGGGCCAUCACAGACAAUGACAUGCAGAGUAUCUUGGACCUUCAUAAUAAAUUACGAAGUCAGGUGUACCCUACAGCAUCGAAUAUGGAGUACAUGACAUGGGAUGUCGAGCUGGAGAGAUCGGCAGAGUCCUGGGCCGAAACCUGUUUGUGGGAACAUGGGCCUGCAAGUUUGCUUCCAUCAAUAGGACAGAAUUUGGGAGCACAUUGGGGAAGGUAUAGGCCCCCGACAUUUCACGUACAAGCAUGGUAUGAUGAAGUAAGGGACUUUAGCUACCCAUAUGACCACGAAUGCAACCCGUAUUGCCCAUUCAGAUGUUCUGGUCCUGUAUGCACUCAUUAUACACAGGUUGUGUGGGCAACAAGUAGCAGAAUAGGUUGUGCCAUUAAUUUGUGUCAUAACAUGAACAUCUGGGGGCAGAUAUGGCCCAAGGCUAUCUACUUGGUGUGUAAUUAUUCCCCAAAGGGGAACUGGUGGGGCCACGCUCCCUACAAACACGGACGACCCUGUUCCGCUUGUCCACCCAGUUUUGGAGGGGGCUGUAGAGAAAAUCUGUGCUACAAAGAAGGAUCAGACAGGUACUACACUCCUCGAGAAGAAGAAACCAAUGAAAUCGAACGGCAGCAGUCAGAAGUCCACGACACCCAUGUUCGGACGAGAGCAGAUGAUACUAAUACAAAUGAAGUCAUAAGCACUCAACAAAUGUCCCAAAUUGUUUCCUGUGAAGUAAGAUUAAGAGAUCAGUGCAAAGGAACAACUUGCAAUCGAUAUGAAUGCCCUGCUGGCUGUUUGGAUAGUAAAGCUAAAGUUAUUGGCAGUGUAUAUUAUGAAAUGCAAUCCAGUAUUUGUAGAGCUGCAAUUCAUUAUGGUAUAGUGGACAAUGAUGGUGGUUGGGUAGAUAUCACCAGACAAGGAAGAAAACAUUAUUUCAUCAAAUCCAACAGAAAUGGUGUUCAAACAAUUGGCAAAUAUCAUUCUGCUAAUUCCUUCACCGUCUCUAAAGUAACAGUUCAGGCUGUCACCUGUGAGACAACAGUGGAGCAGCUCUGCCCGUUCCAUAAGCCUGCUUCACACUGCCCAAGAGUAUACUGCCCUCGCAACUGUAUGCAGGCAAAUCCACAUUACGCUCGUGUAAUUGGGACUCGAGUUUAUUCUGAUCUGUCCAGUAUCUGCAGAGCGGCAGUGCACGCUGGAGUGGUUCGAAAUCAUGGUGGUUAUGUUGACAUUAUGCCUGUGGACAAAAGAAAGGCUUACACUGCUUCUUUUCAGAAUGGAGUCUCCUCAGAAAGUUUACAGAAUCCUCCAGGAGGAAAGGCAUUCAGAGUAUUUGCUGUUGUGUGAAAUAGAACACUUGGAAGAGGAUCAUAAAAACUAUUCCAAAUGCCAUAUUUCUGAAGUUUGUAUAAAACUGUAAAAUAUACUGUACAGAACAUAGCAACUAUUUUAAGGCCCCCCCCAAGUGCCAGCUACAUACAAAUCUUAAUAGACAUAGUCUGUAAAAUAAAACAUGGGACAUUAUUAGCUUUGGAAAAAGUA